AUGCUCUGUGGUGUCCGCUGCACGCUUAUGGUACGUUCAUAUUGCACGAAGAGCUACUACUCUUCGAUAAAUCGCAAAAAUGUGAAACAUUAUCGAUACUUAAUGGCACUAGGGAUAAGAGAACAAGAAGUAAAGUACAAACAUCGUUAAAGCAAAACAAGGACAUUAUCCACGCCGGGCAUUUAUAUUUCAUAGUGUCUAUCUAUUUUCUAAUUUCUGAUUGUUAAGGAAAGUUUUGACACUCCAUCGCU